GUGUCUUGCCUGUGCUUCAGUGACGGCCACUCGGUGGCGCCGAUGCCUCCAGCACAGGAUCACAAGCGGCUCCAGGAUGGUGAUCAGGGGCCAAACACCGGCGGUAUGGGAGCCUACUGCCCCACCCCACAGGUGAGUCAGGAGCUGCUGCAGCAGAUCAGAGAGUCGGUUCUUCAGAAGACUGUGGACGGGAUGAGGGAGGAGGGAACUCCUUAUGUGGGUGUGCUGUAUGCAGGGCUGAUGCUGACCAAUCAGGGACCAAAGGUUCUGGAGUUCAACUGUCGCUUUGGAGAUCCAGAGUGUCAGAAAGUUUGCAACCGAGCCGCCAUGUUGGUCCAACGCAUCUGUCACGUGACCACCUAG